UUUGACAGCUGCUUCGGUCGUCAUAUCAAAUAGAGGAAAAUCUAAGCCGUGUCAAUUUUUCUUGUCUAGAAUUUUUAACUACUGAGAAAAACAAUAUUCUAUGUUACAGUUUUUCAUAUUUUGUACGUUUCAAUUUCGAUUAAGUGUCGUGGGGGAAAUAGUUAGUUUAUUUGUUGGAUGGAAGUGAACUAUUUUCUCAGUAACACAGUAUAAACAUCAACCCCCUCCAUUUAGAAUUAGAACAACAAAACCAAAAAAAAAAAAAAAUACACAAGCAAAAAGCUGCUGUCGACGCCAACGCCAACGUUGUCAUCAGUAACGACAGUAUUGAGGAAGUAGUUAACGCAGAAGUUGUGAUAUUGGCGAAAACUGGCUGUAACGGCAGUAAAGAUAAAACAAAGCAAAUCAGACACCAAUUGGACAACAUUGCAUAUAUAAAAUAAAAGUAAACUAAUAAAACAGUGUUUGUUUUUACAAAUAAAAUUUACAAAACCACUGAAUUCAUUGCUGCAGCAUGCCGUCAAAGAAGAAGAAAUACAAUGCGCGUUUUCCGGCGGGUCGCAUCAAGAAAAUAAUGCAGAGUGAUGAAGACAUCGGAAAGGUCGCGCAAGCUGUUCCCGUCAUAAUCUCUAGGACAUUGGAACUCUUUGUGGAAUCGCUUUUGACGAAAACAUUAAGAAUAACAAAUUCGCGAAAUGCAAAAACACUUUCAACAUCCCACAUGAAGCAAUGCAUCAUGUCCGAGCAGCGUUUCGACUUCUUGCGUGAAUUGGUGAAGAAUGUGCCUGAUAUUAGUGUAGCAGAAGAGGCAGCCAACUAUAACGAAGAGGACGGGCAGAGUUCACCCGAUGAUGUUUACCCAGAUUCGGAUACACCAUACGAUCUGAGCAUGCCAUCCACAUCAGGCGGCCGCAAUCAAUACCGUACUACGACUCCUGGACAGCCGAAAGUCAAUGGCGGACAAACACAUUUCCAGUACAAACAACAGCAGCAGCAGCAGCAGCAGCAAUACCAAUUAACGCCGCAUAACGGUAGCACUAUUGACACUGCGGCCAUUGAAGCAGAUUUAAGACAACGCUUACGUCAACGCCUCAAUAACACACGGAGUGUAAUUGUGCAUACGGCAUCAGUUGCACAAGCUGCGGCAGCAGCAGCUAGGCCACCACCAGCCUCACCUGCAACAGCAACACCAGCCGCAACGCCAACGCCAGCACGAGGUGCUUAUGGCAAUUAUGUACAGCCCAUAAAGUUAAUGCGUUCCGAAUCGUCACCCGCCAAUGCCGCCCAGCAUUUGUGGCAAGUAUCAUCCAAUUCGGCUACACAAAAGCAAACGGGCCAGAAGCGUCUACGACAUCAGGCGUUAUCAGUGCCGUGCAACAACAAUAAUGACAAUUGUACCGGUGCAUCGCCAGCCAAGCGGCAAAAGCCCGAUUCAAUAACACAACAAACACAUUCACAAACUGCCAUACCCGCGCCCGUUUUCAGCUACGAUCUUUGCAAUAAGCCCGUUGUAAAGAUCGAUUACAGCAAUUUACCGUUAACGCCUGCCACUUUGGGUGCCAGCGAACAGCCACACACAACACCCAGUAUGAGCAAUUUGCCGUUGAGCGCGCCCGUGACCAAUGCAAACUUCAAUUUCAGCGCCGCUGCACCCAUUAUCAACAUUGAUUUGUCCAACAUUGUGACGAAUAGUGGCGGCGGCGGCGACAGUAAAUUGCUGAGCGCAGGCAACAAACCACCGGUCCCAGCUGUUGCCACCAUAAGCAUUGGCGCUCUACCGGUUGAAAUGGCCAGUGCUGUGGCCUCACCACCAGCCAGUGGUGUGUGCAGCAACAUUGGUGCAGUGGUGAAAUCGCCACCUACGUCCAGUACUCCGCCCACAAAUCAAUUAUCUGACUGCAAAAUAGACGGCAACGCCGCAGCCGGUGAAUCAACAUCAUCAGCCUCGUCGUCCUGUUGCUCACCAUCGUCAUCGUCACUGGCAUCGACGUCUGCCAACAGCCUACAGGGCGGCGGUAGCAAAAGUAUGUUGAAAGCUUCAAGCGAGAUAAUGGCAAAAAUGACUGCAGCCGGUACAAAAACACUUGCUGCAACGUGCAAAAGUUCGAAUACACUGCUCGAACUAGACGAAGACUAUGACAAUAUUUGAAUUUAAUGUUUUAAGUUUUAAAUCUUAACAUAAACGUUAAGGAUUUCUUUCCUCUUUUUUUUAAUAAAUCAGACUACCAAAA